AUGGGUCUUCUCGCUGAAAAACAGAGUCGGUCAAGAAUCAGCAAAGAUCCCAACAACACCAAAUGGACUCGAGACACCAAAACGUUCGGACAGAAGAUUCUACGCGCCCAAGGAUGGGAACCCGGACAAUUCCUCGGAGCGCAAGAUGCGGCUCACUCUGAGCUGCACACUGCCGCCAACGCAUCAUACAUUCGCGUGGCUCUCAAAGACGACAUGAAGGGCCUGGGCUACAACAAGGCAAAGGAGGACGAAGUAACAGGCCUCGAUGUCUUUUCUGAUCUUCUGAGUCGGUUGAAUGGCAAGUCAGAAGAGUCUGUCGAGGGCGAGAGGCAAGCGCGGCUAGUGGUCAAAACGAACCGGUAUGUAGAGGCGAAAUGGGGCCCCAUGCGGUUCAUUCGGGGCGGAUUGCUGGUCGGCGAUGAAAUCAAAGUAGAGUCCACGUCGGAGGAGUCGACGCCCACUUCCGAAGCCGACGAAAGAGGCAAGAAAUCCAAAAAGGACAAGAAGAGCAAGAAGCGAAAGGCAGGGGAUCUGGAAGAGGGCGAGCCGGAAUCAGCGCACGCAGCAGAUGCCGAGAAGAAGGAGAAGAAGCGAAGAAAAGAGGAGCGGAGGGCUAAAAAGCUGGCUGCAGCUGCGGGGGCCGAGGACAACACGGCCGAUGAGGAAGGGCGAUCAAAGAAGAGGUCCAAGAAGGACAAGUCCAAGUCAAAGCAGGGUUCCGAGGCGGAAGACGGGUCGACGACCGACUCCAAAAGAUCCAAAAAGGACAAGAAGAAACGCAAGACGGAGGAGGCGGAGGGGGGUGAUUCAAACUCAGCUACGGCAUCUGUUCCGACGUCUACAGUAACUACGGGCACUUCAACGCCUACCGGAAGCGGGACGGGAACUUCAACACCGAGAGGGAGUCGCAAUUUUGUUCGAUCACGGUUUAUUGCUCAGAAAAAGCAGGCGGUGCUGGACACCAAGGCCUUGGCUCAGAUCUUCAUGGUCAAGACAUGA